UGGUGUGUGGGGCCCCCGCCAUCUACCUUGACUUUGCCCGUCAGAAGCUCGACGCAAAGAUUGGUGUCGCGGCACAAAACUGUUACAAGGUGCCCAAGGGAGCUUUUACAGGCGAGAUCAGCCCAGCCAUGAUCAAGGAUAUUGGAGCCACAUGGGUGAUCCUGGGCCACUCGGAGCGGAGACACGUUUUUGGAGAGUCCGAUGAGCUCAUCGGACAGAAGGUGGCUCAUGCUCUGGCUGAAGGCCUUGGUGUCAUUGCCUGCAUUGGAGAGAAGCUGGAUGAGAGAGAAGCUGGCAUCACGGAGAAGGUGGUUUUUGAACAGACCAAAGCUAUUGCUGAUAACGUCAAGGACUGGAGUAAAGUGGUUCUUGCCUAUGAGCCYGUCUGGGCUAUUGGUACUGGUAAAACCGCAACUCCUCAGCAGGCUCAGGAAGUUCAUGAGAAACUGAGGGGAUGGCUCAAAAGCCAYGUGUCCGAUGCUGUUGCUCAGUCAACUAGGAUUAUCUAUGGAGGUUCGGUCACUGGUGGCAACUGUAAGGAGCUGGCCUCUCAGCACGAUGUGGAUGGCUUCCUUGUUGGAGGGGCUUCUCUCAAGCCAGAGUUUGUGGAUAUUAUUAAUGCAAAACACUGAAGCAGCCUGGAGUCCCUUGGAAUCACAAGGAGUCCCUUGUGAUUAGGAGCAAGAAACGGAAGCAACAAGGAACCCUCCAUUGCACAUGUGUCGGUACAGAGGUCUCCUCUGAGGCUUUUCCCCUCCACGGUCAUUGUUCUAGGUGUGCUGCUAGCCCUCAUCACCAUGUUGGAGCUCUGUUGGUGGCAGCCUGUUUUCAGCAGAGUUGAAUUGGCAAAAUCCUCCCAUGCCCAUUGAUCCUGUUGACCUCUUAGAGCUCACAGUCCCGCUGGCUCUUGUCUCCCCUCUCUCUGCAUUGCAGCAGGGGGGAAGGAAGAAGGGAAUCAGUCUGUUGGAUCCUUCAGGCCCAUCAGUAAGGAGUCUGUCACCUUAGACCCCUGUGAGACAUCUUACCU